UCACACCCGUUUCUCCUUGUCUUCAAACCCUCUCUCUCUCUCUACCUGUAAAGCACACAGAAAACAAGCCUUCAUCUUCUUGAUCAGCGAUUAUUGCAUCUUUCAAUCGAUUCUCUCCAAUCAAUUUCAAGUUCUUGAAAGAGCAGUUGAUCUCUUGAUAUGGAGGGUGUUGAAUCAAAAAUAACUCCUGAAAAUUUUACAUGCCUUGCAGAAAAUGUUGAAGGGUUCCAGAAGUGUGUCGAAGAAAUUCUUAAGCUAAUCGAAUGGGAUGGAGAUUUCUUCGAAAUGACUGCCGAAAUUUAUGAUCACAAGAAGUCUGAAUUGACAACACAGGUAGCUGAGUUGUCACGCAUGUACACAGCAUUGGCUGAUCAACAUGGUCAUUUGAUUGGAGAAUUCAGCAGGAACUGUCCAUCUGGGAUCAAAAAGCAGCAUCUUGAUGCUUCUGAUUCGAGCUCUCCUCAAGUUACUCAAAUGUUUACUCCUGACCAAAUGAGUAACACACAUAAAUUUAGGACACCUAUCGGUUUUGAUGUACUUUUGAGCUCUGGUGGCGCUGGUUCUUAUAUUUCUAGAAGAGAAGGCUCAGAGUCUUCCUUCUCAUUAUCGUCAGAUUCUGAUUCAGAAUCUUUUAUGUCUACCAACAAACUUCUAAUUUCACCAGUUAACGAUGAUGCAUCAAAGGUAAAAGAAACCAAGGUCUCUGAAGUGUUGCUUAAAAAGUUCGCUAAUUUGGAAGAAGAGUUGGUCAGUUUGAACACAAAGCUGCAGACUUUAGAAGAUGAAAAUACUAAGCUGAAGAGCAGGAUGCAUGAGAAUGAAUCAGUUACUGAGAUUGCAUCAGAUAUGCAGUCUCAGCUGGAGUUGGCACAAGAUGAUAUUAGAACUCAAAAUGCUUAUCUUGAAGCUGAGAAAGCCAAAGUGGUUGAGCUACAGAAGCAAGUUGCUGACCUUAAACUUGUGAUUUCUGACUCUAGUUGUGAGAUUGAAAUAAUGGGAGUGCAGUUAAAGGAAUCAAAAGAGAAACUCUUAGCAGCAGAGGAUGAAAUUUCAAAGCUGAAGCAUGAGCUUGGAUCAACUGAGCAAGAGAUGGCCUUGUUACAGAGGCAAUUUGAUUCAGAGAAAGACAAGGUUCUUGUAUUACAAGAAGAAGUGUCCUUAUGUGUAGCUGAUAUAUCAGUUCGUGAGGAUCAAAUCACAGAACUUAAUAACAACAUCAAUCAGUCCAUUUCCCAAAUUUUACUACUGAAAAGUACCCAUGAGGCCAAAGAGGAUCGCUGGAAUACUGAUAUCGAAAGACUGAAAAUGGAAUUAAGGGAAAAAUAUGAAUUGGCCGAUAAUUUGAAUAAAGAGAUGGACGCUUUGAAACAAAAGCGCGAUGCUGUGAUGGUAGAGAAAGAUGGAGUUAAAGCUCAGCUCCACACACUUCAAGCUGAGAUGUGUUCUCAGGACAAUCUAAUCAGAGAACUGGAGAACCGUCUGAAUGCACUACAAUUUGAGCACGUAGGGUUACUUGCAUCAUUCGAUAGUGUACAAAAAGAUACAAAUGAACUAAGACUCAAAGUGGUGGAAUUGGAAGCAGAAGUGGAUAGGCAACAAGAAGUUAUAUCAGAUAGAGCAGAGGAGAAAAGGGAAGCUAUAAGGCAACUAUCUUUCUCCCUGGAGCAUUACAUGUCUGGAUACAAAGAACUUCGCCAAGCAUUCACGGGUCACAAGAGGCAAGCAGUUUUGACUUCUUAAGUUCACAAAAUCCACAAUUCUGAAUUCAACAAGGUUAGUAGUUCUUCAGUUUUUUACAUACAAAGACUCUUGUUGCAUAUAUAUAUCCUUUACAUCAUCCUAUGAUGUUGUUGGUACUCAUAUAUCAAUCCAGUUUAAGAACUUUGAUACUUUC